ACUUGUUCACGCCUUCCGCUAUAAUUUCGAAAAGCGCUGUUCCUGUUUAUCAGGGUACUGCAUCUCUUCCGCGCCACAAGGUUCGCCCCUAUCAUAGGUAGAAGUCGCGCGAGAUGGUGGCAUCCUCGCUUUUCUGUUGUCUCUCUCUCUCUCUUUCUCUGUUUGCGUCUCUCUCCCUCUCUCUUCAUCCCUUCUCUCCCGCGACGUGGUUCCUGGCUUCCUCACUUCGGCGUAAGUUUGAUGCUACCCACGGGUCUCUGUUGUGCUUUGCCGUCGGGCUCCUCCGAUGGACCAGGGAGCAGAACGUGAGCUAUUUUCGCGAGAGCGGCCACUUCCAGCAUGCCAUCAAGAAGUUGCUCAGCAGGUGUUCGGAUUACAUGCCAGAGAAACACUACAGGCAGCUGGAACAGUCGCUCCAGUUGGACGUCCGCUUCUUCUCCGAGCACAACGUCGUGGACGCGGACUUCUCCGUGGACUCUCCCAGGUUCCAUAGGGGUGGUGACGAAGAGGCGAUGGCCGAGCUCAAGGAGAAGAACGGCAGCCUGGAGGAGGAGAACGAGGCGCUGCAGAAGCAGGUCGAGGAGUUGGAGGCGAGCCUCCGCCAGGCGCGCGACGAGAACGUCGCUAUGAAGAGGCGGCAUCCCCCCAUGCAUGGACGCCGCCCGACGCCGCCGCGGAGGGGAGGUCCACUGCCAGACCGGCCUCGAGCUGCUCCAGCAGGAUGAGGAUGUCUCGUUCCAGCUAGACCACACCGAGUUGGUUUCCGCAGGGGCGGGAUUCGGCCAUUGAACUCGCCCGCGGUACGACCGCUCUGUUCCCGUCGCUCGCGCAGUGCUUGUGAUCAGACCUCAAUGUUAAUCAUCAUCUG